AAGAAAAGAAGGUGAAAUCCAAUAGAGUGCCAGAAGAAACCGUAUUUGAAAAAGGUCUGGUAGCACUUUUUAAAAAAGACCAGAUGCCAAAGGCACCCGAUAUUCUAGAAUCAGGGUUAAUUGAUAUUACGAAACCAGGGUUAAUUGAUAUUAUGAAACCAGGGUUAAUUGAUAUUACGGAACUAGGAUUAAUUGAUAUUACGGAUCCAGGGUUAAUUGAUAUUACGGAACCAGAGAUUCAGAUUAUUGGGAAAAUCAAAUAA